AAUAAAGUAAUUUAAACUUUAUUUCAAUAAUUUAGCAAAGAUAAUUAUAAUAUAGAUAUAGUUUUUUUAAAAUGCUUCCAUUAUCAUUAUUAAGAACAGGCCAAGGCCAUCAAAUUAUGGUCGAGCUUAAAAAUGGCGAAACAUACAAUGGAUAUUUAAUAAAUUGCGAUAAUUGGAUGAAUAUAAAUUUAAGAAAUGUUAUUAGAACUUCAAAAGAUUCAGAUAAAUUUUGGAAGAUUCAGUCAUGUUAUAUUAGAGGAAAUACAAUCAAAUAUAUAUCUGUACCAGACGAAAUUAUUGAUUUAGUUGUUGAAGAAGAACAAAUUUCAAGACCACAUAACUUAUCAAAAGGUGAUAAUACAACUGGUAGAGGUAGAGGCAGAGGUGAUUCAAAUAGAGGUGGAAGAGGAGGAAGUACAGAUGGUAGAGGUGGUGGUGGUGCAGGAAGAGGCAGAGGUGGUGAUAGUGGUAGAGGUAGAGGUGAUUUUUCAAAUAGAGGUGGUAGAGGUGGUAGAGGUAGAGGCGAUUUUUCAAAUAGAGGCGGCAGAGGUGGACCAUUUCAAAAUAAUACAGCUUAAAUAAAAUAAUAAAACCAAACCAAACCAAACCAAACCAAAAAACCCCCAAAAUAAAAUAUAAUGUAUAGUUAAUAUAUAAUUUAAAACAACC